AUGCCUCAAAUCAGCUUCGCAACCUUUAUGAUAAUAUGCCCGACCUCAUUCUUCCUCGGCCUCGUCUUCUCCCUCUUCCCCUACGACUACCCCCUCCUCUGGGCCAGCAGCCUCCUCACCGAAACCCACCUCGACAACGUCGAAACCCACCUCAAACUCCUCCAUAACAGCCCCAACCUCAUCGUUCGCAUAAUGCACAUCAUCACCGCCGUCGGCCUCCUCGGCCUCGUCAUCAAACUCUACAAACCCUCCGAGUCAAACAUGCUCUUCGACGGCGGCAGUCUGGUCCUCUACAUGAUCGCCGUGGUCAUUUACAUGACCAACAUCGUCAAGGGAUUGCGCAUCGUGUCUCUGGGACAGUACGGCGAAGGUCUCAAGAACGCGCUUGGCGAUCAAGCGAGAGCGGAUGACAUCGAUGUGGGUACUGGGGUUGAUGUGGAGACUGGGAAUGAUGUGUUGGGUCGAGAGGAUAACUUGAAGGUGCUUAGUGCGAGUAAUACUAUUCUUGCGUUGGUGCUUGUUGGUGUGCUGGUCUUGCAGAUUGGGCAGUGGUAUGCGGAACGGGCGGAGGAGAAGGAGAAGGUUGCUCUUGCGAAGCAGGAUAGGGAGAAGACGGAUACUCUUACUGUUGAGGUGAAAAGGGGGGAUGGGAAGAAGGUGUCUAAGAAGACGAAUUAG